AAAGCGAAGGACAAGAGAAGCUGAGAAGGUGCCGAGAAAAAAAAAGCAGAGUGGAGGAAUCUCCAAUCCAGUGAUCUGUAAUCCGCUGUUUGGCGGAAUCUCCAAUCCGUUUGCACCCAGUAAACAACAACAGAGAGAAUUCGAAGAUACCGAACUGGAAGCUGUUCUGGCGCUCUCGCUUCAUCCGUAUCCCGAGAGCUUGGAAAAACAGAGCAGCAGAAAUCGAAGCAAUGGGGAUUUUGCACGAGGACGUUGUGGUGAUUAACCAGGCAGAGAAGGCUGGGGAACCCACUGUCAUCACUGUGAAUUGUCUUGACAAGACCGGGUUGGGAUGUGAUUUGUGCAGAGUUAUAUUGCUGUUUGGGCUCAGCAUUUGCAGGGGAGAUGUUUCAACAGAUGGGAAAUGGUGCUACAUAGUGUUUUGGGUGGUGGGGAAACCAAGCACAAGGUGGAAUUUGUUGACAAAGAGACUGUUGGCAGCGUGUCCAUCGUAUUUUUCGACUUCUGGAAUAUUCUAUUACCGGCCCGAAAACCAGCAGCCUAAGCCACCGGAUGUGUUCCUUUUGAAGUUCUGGUGUUCUUAUGAACGGGACGGACUAUUGCAUGAUGUCACUGAGGUUCUCUGUGAACUGGAGCUCACUAUAAACAGUGUGAAGGUAUCGACUACCCCGGAUGGGAGAGUAAUGGACCUUUUCUUCAUAACAGAUACUAGAGAAAUUCUUCAUACAAAAAGAAGACAAGAUGAAACGAUUGAUUCUCUGAAGGCUGUUUUAUGCAAUGCUUUGUUGAGUUGCGAAAUUGAGUUGGCCGGAUCAGAAGUUACAGCGUGUUCACAGGGUUCCAUGUAUCUUCCUUCUGCUAUUACCGAAGAAAUGUUCAGCUUAGAGCUGCCCAACGGACGCCUAAGCAGAUCUGUUGCCUCCAACCCCGUUUCAGUAACUGUGGACAAUCACCUUAGCCCAUCUCUAACACUUGUUCAAAUCUUCUGCCAGGAUCAUAAAGGUCUCAUAUAUGACAUCAUGAGAACCCUGAAGGAUUACAAUAUUCAGGUUCGUUAUGGACGAUUCUGUGCUAACCCAAGAGGAAAUUGUGAGUUAGACUUGUUCAUAAUGCAAGCAGAUGGGAAGAAGAUUGUUGACCGGAACAAGCAAAAUGCAUUAUGUUCCCGCUUGAGAAUGGAGCUUCUGCGUCCUCUUAGAGUGGCUGUGGUGAGCCGUGGUCCUGACACUGAGCUGCUGGUUGCUAACCCCGUUGAGUUGUCUGGCAGGGGUCGUCCUCUUGUCUUUUACGAUAUCACACUCGCCCUCAAAGUUCUAAAAACACGCAUCUUUUCUGUUAAGAUAGGCAGACACAUGAUCCGGGAUCGAGAGUGGGAAGUAUACAGAAUCCUGCUAGAUGAAGGAGUUGGUUCUCCAGUGCCAAGGAACAAAAUUGAGGAAGGUGUAAGAAACAAGUUGAUGGGAUGGGAAUAGAUUGGAUGCCGAAUUUAGUUGCCGGCUUUCAUAGUUUCUAGUUCUACUACGGCAAGGUGCAAACCAGUAAAUCAGUACGCGCAUAAGCUAAUCUGUUUCAUAACCUCCGUGCCUCCAUCUUAACUUGCAUUGCUUAUGAAAGAAACUUGGCAGUCUCAGCUCUUCCGGCGUGUUUAGGUAACAAAAUGUUUUAGUAUUUCAUCCUGUUCGUCGCCUUUCUUUACGAAGUCUCUCACUAAUCUUUCACCAUAGACUAUAUCAGAAUUUGAUUUGUUGGUAGAAGAUCGAA